CACACGUUCACUCCCUCUGUUCUCACGUUCGCUCUCUCACCACUUUGCCUUUUGUUGUUCUUGUCGGAGUGUGUGUGUGUGUGUACCGUGCUGCCAUCAUCCUUGGCACAGGCACAAAUACGCUUCUUCCGCUCCGACUCCGCCUCUCCGUUUAGCGUCUUGCACCUUGCAACCUCGACUUUUGCUGUUCCGAAUCCCAACUCUAUUUGUACAGCCAGCCCGCCCGUUUCCAAUCGCUCUCGAAUCGACUCUACUCGCACUCUCGCCUUUUGCCCGUGCUCAGUUGUUCUGCAUUGCCAGAAUCGCAAUCCGUCUCCAAUAAAUAUCCGACCUGCAUGCAAUAGCCUUUUCCUGGUGCAGGUAUCCCGUCCCGAGGGACCUCGUUGGUCCAACAAGCCAUGGUUUCGUUCCGGGCCUUUGCGACCGCCUUUGCCGGCGUCGCUCUCCUGGUUCAGUCGUCUAUAGGGCACUCAAUAAAACGAAAUCCCGUUGGCUACGCUACCCUCGUUGACGAUGCCGUCAUCAAGGCCCCCUCACAUCGCGUCCACGCAUACUCCCAUUUCGAUCUCACAUUUACUCUUCAUAGAGGCCAAGAACAGAUCCGCCUCAAGCUCGAGCCCAACCAUGACCUCCUCCACGAGAGCUUCGCCGUCACCUACCUCGAUGCCGAAGGCAAGGUCCGCGCCGUCCAACCAGUUGAGAGGAGCGAGCACAAAGUGUUCAAGGGGGAUGCCUUUGUGCGCCGUGCCGGACACGAGGGCUGGGCUCAUGCUGGCUGGGCGAGAAUAACGAUUCAUCGCGAUGGCAAGGACCCCGUGUUCGAAGGCAGCUUCCGUAUCGACCGCGACAACCAUCAUAUCCAGACUGGCACCCACUUCCAGCGCCUCCGGCACGAGGAUGACCCCCUCUUGAACUUUCCGGGUAAUGUGGAGGACUCUAUGGUCGUCUGGCGCGAUUCAGAUAUCCUUUCGUUUGAAGAUCACACCGACUUGAAGCGAGGCAUCUAUGGACACUCAUCUUGCAACUCCGACAGCCUUGACUUCAACACCAAAUUCCAUGAACAGAAUCUCCAUCGUGGACGCUCACUCAGCUCCAUGAACCCGCGCGCCCUCUUUGGUCGCCAGUCAAUUGACGGCGGAUCCACCGGCAACAACGGCGCCGGUACCGACUUAGAGGCAACCAUCGGCUCCGUCGACGGCUGUCCCACCACCCGGAAGGUCGCCCUUGUGGGUAUCGCUACUGAUUGUACAUAUACUGCCGAUUUCAACUCGACCGAGACUCUUAGGAGGAAUGUCAUUAGUCAAGUCAACACCGCUUCUCAGGUUUACGAGAGCACCUUCAACAUCUCGCUGGGCAUUCAGAACCUCACCAUCAGCGACGAGUCGUGCCCCGGCACGCCCCCCGCGUCCGCUCCGUGGAACCGGGCUUGCUCCAGCAGUGUCACUUUGGCCGAUCGUCUGAGCCUCUUCUCCGCUUGGCGUGGUAAUUUCGAGGACACCAACGCAUACUGGACCCUCCUCACCACUUGCAACACCGACGCCGCUGUGGGUCUUGCGUGGCUGGGCCAGCUGUGCCGAAACGGUUCUUCCGCUACCGGCAGUUCAGGCGGCAACGAGACUGUCGCGUCAGCCAAUGUCGUUGUGAGGACGUCGGCGGAGUGGCAGGUCUUCGCGCAUGAGUCUGGUCACACCUUUGGUGCUGUGCACGAUUGCACUUCUAGUACUUGCCCAGUCUCAUCUGGAACACAGGAUUGCUGCCCAUUAAGCACGAGCUCCUGUGAUGCCGGUGGCAGGUUCAUCAUGAACCCAUCCACUGGUAGCGGCAUUACCGAUUUCUCGGCUUGCACAAUUGGCAACAUCUGCUCCGGCUUGAAGGGCAAUGUCGAGUCGUCGUGCUUGACUAACAACAGGGACGUCGAGACCAUCACAGGCAGCCAGUGCGGCAACGGCAUCGUAGAGAGUGGCGAGGACUGCGACUGCGGCGGAACAUCGGGAUGCGGCGACAACAGUUGUUGCGACGCAACUACCUGCAAGUUCAAAUCCAACGCCCAGUGCGAUCCCACAAACGAGGAUUGCUGCACGGAUUCGUGUCAAUUCGCCUCCAACGGCACCGUCUGCCGUGAGAGCUCGGGGCAAUGCGAUCCUCAGGAGACCUGCUCAGGUACUACGGCAUCAUGCCCGGCGGACUCGCACAUGAAUGACGGGGAAUCUUGCGGCACCGGACUCUCAUGCGCGUCUGGACAGUGCACGUCACGAGACUUGCAGUGCAGAAACAUGUUUGGCAACUCUACCAGCUCGUCCACAGAAGCCUGUGGCAGCUCCGGCUGUCUCAUGACUUGCUCGGCACCCGAGUACGGUUAUGGCACAUGUGUCGAACUCAACCAGAACUUCCUCGACGGCACUUCUUGCGGUGGCGGCGGCCGCUGCUCCAACGGUGAUUGCAGAGGCGGCUCAACGAGCCAAGAGAUUCUCGACUGGUUCAAACGCAACAAGAACAUUGCCAUCCCCGUCGGCUCUGUCAUUGGCGGCCUGAUCCUCCUCGCCCUGCUGAGCUGCCUCAUCAGCUGCAUCCGGCGGCGUAGUGGCAGGCGAAGAGCGCCGAAGCCCACCGAGAUGGCCAACUGGCCAGCCGCCCGCGGUGGCAACGGUAUCCCUCCGCCCAGCGGGCCGCCGCCGAACUACGACUACGCUCCCCUGAACCACCAGAUGCAGCGCGGUCGAAGCAUGAGAUAUGCAUAAGUUUCAUUAUAUUAUAGUGGGCGUUUUUUCAAGGCAUUGCACGGCGUUAUUUGAGGCAUUCUGUUUGUGGGAUGUACAUAGUUGUUCUUCAUGUCUUGUCUCUGGGCCAGUCUGGGGUAGAUACAGUGGGUUCCUGUUUUCACAGCAUAUACCGCAAGCAUGCGCAUGAGCAUAUCACGAACUUGGUAGCACGGCAUGGCAUGCCAACCGGGAGAUGGGAACUUUUCCUUUUGGAUAUUGCGUUGGCUCGUUCAACUCAUGAUGGGCCACGCGGGUUUUGGACAUAGGUAUAGAUAGGAUAAACAGGCCAGACGGGGUCAG